AUGUGGUCAUCUCCACCUACCACCUCCGCCACCCCCCCAAACCCUCAGGCGGUGACCUCUGAGCCUCGCCGCGUUUCCAUGGAAACCUACUGGAGAGAAGUGCGGAGCAUUGAGGAGGAGAAGGAGGGACAAGAAGAGGAGGAGGAGGAGGAGGAGAGGAAGAGUAUGGACGAGGUGGAGUUGGAGGAGGCGUGGCUGACGGAGGCGGGGUUAUCCUCCCUGGUGAUGGGCUCAGAUGAGGCAUCGCCACCGCCUGCCGAGGCGCUGCUGUCCACGUUGACACGGCAACAAGCUGCCACGGUGAAGAAAAGGUUGGACAACUACAACGAGACGCUGAAGAUGAGAAAUAGGCAGCCAAUCAGAGACGUCCGGGACAUCUUCACUGAGCCCGACGAUGACUCAGCAGAAAGAGGCCCCUCCCCUCCCUCUCACCGCGCUGAGUCACCACCAAGUCGAUACCACACCACCACCAAAACCAUCCGGCGAAACACUCACAGAGGUACCUGUCUGCUGAUGGAGGAACUGACCUACCAGCACAG